AUGAUCAAUCAAGAUAGUGCAGAUUUAGACAUAUAACAAUAAGGAUUUGAUUUUUAAUAAUUAUUUGAAAAAAAAUGUAUCAAUCGAGAAGAAUCUCAAAAAGAUUAAAUAUAAAGAUUUCAUUUUCCUUAAAACCAAUAAUAAUGUUAAGGUGAUACUUUAUAAGCAUUAGUCAAAAUGAUUAAAAUUGAAAAAUAAGUUGCAGGAAGAAAUAAAAAAAAUAAAAAGAUUUAAUGGAAUGAAAAAAAUACUAAAAUAUUUUAGGAUCUCUAUUAAUAAUAUUCAGGCAAUUUAGAUUAAAUUCUUUUAUACUUUUAAUAAAACAAUGAAUUAAAUACAAAAAUUGAUAUUAAAUAAAUCAAAGUAUUAUUAUCUAAUCUUAGUUUAUAGAAUAAAUUUAAAAUCGAAAAAAAAAAAAAAAGCUUGACUUUAUUAUCAUUGUCUCAGAGAAUAUCAAAAAACUUUAACUACUAGUUAAAAUUAGACUGA